AUGCUUAAGGCAACGUUACUGCAGCCUUGUCUCCAAUCUCAGCCUCGCUGUGCCGGGUCCAGUGAAAGGUGCCAGCAUGCUUAUGGCUUUGAGACUCUACAGGUGGACCCAGAAGUGGGCUAUGGCUGUUUGGUUCUGCAGCAGGAGAAAGAGAUGGAAGGCAACCAAAGGUGCCAGCCAACUGCAGCCAUUUGCCCUUUUAACCCGAAGGAACAGGAGGAAAAGAAUGAAUUGCCACGAGGAAAACUUAGAGAGCAUCUCCAGCAGGAGAGCAGGAAUACCAAUGGAGACAUGCUGGGGCCCAAAUUCCACAGCUAUGGCUUGGCAUCUGCUGGUGGGUACCCAGCUACAAGAGACUCCCCCCAGUCUGCCCCAGAGCUGCUUCAUUCUGGGGCUAGCACCGGAGCUGACCCCAGCGAAGAAUGGAAAGUGGUGAAGGUUAAACGAGUCCUCAUUUACCCUGCUGGCCAGCCGCGGAAAGCAAAUCUUUCCAGGAGUGCCAGUCUCUCCGAGAAGGAGCUGAAAGAGGCUAAAGCCAGGAGCCAGAAGAUCGCAGCCCAGCUAACGAACCCACCCAGCUCAAACUCCAAAGGUGUGCUGCUCUUCAACAGGCGCAAGCAGAGGGUGAAUGAGUUCACUUUGGCAAGCACCAGAAAAAGUGGCGAGGAAGCAGCUACCAGAGGCAGCCCGAGAGCUCUUCAGCAGAGCAUCCCAAACCAUGGGAAAUUGCUGCAUUUGAGACAGACUUUAGAAGGCAGCAAAGAACUGAAAGAAUUACUCUGCGCGGAAGACCCUGGACUGCAGAUCCUUAAAGGCAACAUGGAAGAAUAUGAGGAAAACACCUGCCUAGAGAAAACACAGUCCCCACCAAAGAAUGAAGUCAAGAGUGAGGAGAUCCUUCUCCAAACAAUCCCAGUGCCAUCCCUCAAGGAGUCUCCUAGUGGAGACAUAGAGCAGGUCCCUCUAACUAUCUACUUAAAGGAGAACAUAAAGGUGGCAUCAACCAAUGGCGUGCACGAACCUAGCGUCAAUGAGCAUGGACAUGCACCGGUGAUUGACAGCGAGAACAACACGCCAGUUCUCAUCAAGGAGCAGACGGCCCCAGUUAUCGACAAGGAGCAGAAUGGAGAAGUUCUCAACAAAGAGCAGAAUGUGCCCGUGAUUGACAAAGAGAUGGCUGUUCCGGUUACUGACAAAGAGACGGCUGUUCCGGUUACCAGCAAAGAGUGCAAUGGGGGGCCCAAUAAACAAUAUUAUGAAGUUCACCUCACUUUGGCUAAACCCAUGCCGGUGAAGAAUAGAACAGCAAGACCAUUUGGGACUCAAUCAUCAGCUACAACAAGCCAACCAACGGAGAAAAGUCCUGGGGAAGAAGUUCCUCCACCCCCCACCUAUGCAGAGACCUUGUUCAGUCCCCCUCCAGUAUCUAGGGUCAGGUCGCCUCCUGCGUAUUCAGCCUUGUAUCCUAGUGCGGAACAGAAGCCUCUCAUUCUGCAAGGGCCUCACCAUGGAGAAAGCAGAUCAACACCCUUGCAUAAAACAGGAAUACUAGAGGAGUCCGUGGCCCGGAGAACAACUAAAAAAUCCAUGUUCACCUUUGUUGAAAAGCCAAAGGUGGCUCCAAACCCAGAUCUUUUGAACUUAGUGCAGAAUGCAGAUGUAAGGAGGAAGCAGAAGGUACAAGGAGAACCAGUCCAAGAAGAAGAACCAUUUGCCCUUGGGGCAGAAGCUUCCAACUUCCUGCAUCAGAAUGCACUGAAAGGCGGGCUUCACCUGGAUUCUGCAGACAAUGCCCCAGAGUGGUCUUCAUGCCUGAAGUCCCCAAGCAUACAGCCUAAGCCUCAAAUGAAACCCAAUCAAAACCUAACCGAAGCAAAAGGAAAAGGAGCUGAACUGUUUGCCAGAAGGCAGUCAAGGAUGGAGAAGUAUGUUAUUGAGUCCCCAGCACACCCUGGCUUGGCCAGGUCACCUUCUCCCACCAUGUCUCUGCCUCCAUCCUGGAAGUAUGCUUCCAAUAUUCAUGUAACACCCAUGGUCUUCAAACACCCGCCCAAGAGUCCAGCCAGGUCAUCAAAAACUCCCCCAGCAUCUUUGUACAACAGCAACGUCACGGAGAGUGAGAUUUCCCGACAGGAGCUAGAAAUCUCAAAGCAGCAGCCGUACCAGCUCCAAUCAUCUUUGUUCAUCCUGUCCCCAGCUAAAGAACCGGUGAGGUCUUUGCCAAGAGGGGCACCACCGCCACAACCCGCGUUUCCUGACUCUCAUUCUUACACGAGACAUACCUCAUGCCCAACGUCUCCCUUGACACCUUCCCCUGUUUUUCAUUCUCCUGCUCUGUCAAGUUCAAGCAGGCCAACAUAUGCUCCUCUUUCUCCAUCCUCUGGGACUGUGCUUAGUGCCCAAGACAUCAGAACAAGUGCCCCACCGGAAGCUCCCUUUGCAUCCCCUUCCAGAGUUUUGUCACCAAGAGCCAAAGGAGUCUUCCAAGCUCCGAGACCGUCUUAUUCCACCAGGAAUGCAGGGAUUGAACCCCAGGAAAGAAGAGUGUCCCUGCCUGCCUCCCUGACCUGGACCCCACGACUGGUGCCCCACCUGAGCCCCUUCGAGGGGUGGUCGAGCCCGACGCCGGAGCCUGAGGAAAGGCCUGCGGAGGCCCUGCGAGCAGCCAGUGUGAGGAGCCCCCCUCCUCCCAUGUCGCCGUCGUGGAGCGAGAGGUCCCUCUCCCCACUGCGGCAGGAGGCAGAGCCCAAGGCCAGCCGGCAGAUGCAGGCCCUGCUCGCCAGGAACAUCAUCAAUGCUGCCAGGAGGAAGAGCUCCUCCCCCAAAGCCCUGGGGCCAGACGGCGUCAGGCCAUUCACGCCGCCCGCCGGCGCUGGGGCACCACCUGCCAGCGCAUCUCCAUGCAGCAGCCCGAGGGCCCUGGACAACCACUCCCCGAGUCCGCAGUCGCCGAGAGCCACGAGGGUGGAUGGGCACAGACACACCAGCACCGGGACCCCACAAUUCAGCACCUCGUCCUGCAUCAGCCCAAGGACCCUAGGCAGCCACUCCCCGACCUACAUCAGCCCACUGCAGUCGCCGCGAGCAGCCAGGACGGAUGGGCACAGGUCCUUCACAUUACCCGCAAACACCGGGGCACCGGCGCUCAACGCAACAGCUGGCAGCAGCCCUGGCACCACAGCCAGCCACUCUCCAACCUACAGGAACCCAGUGCCAUCUCCAAAAGCCACCUGGAUGGAUGGUCACAGGAUUCUCAUGCCACCCGCCAGCGCUGGGGUGCUACCGGCCAACACAUCUUCUUGUACAAGUCCUAGGAGCCUGGGUUCCUACUCGCCGACCUUCAUUCGCCCGGUGCAGUCGCCCCCUGCGGGAGUGAGGUCCCCCGUGAAGCAUUACACCUCCAGGUCCCCCACGGACUCGGAUGUGUCCAUCGACUCAGAAGACUCGGGGGUCAAGUCUCCCGGGAUCCGCAGCUUUAACAUCUGCCCCCGGGGCUGGAACGGGAGCGUGCGGCUGAAACAGGGCCGCCUGCCCUCGGAAGCGCCCUGCACCUCCUAG